AUGGGGCUGCAGCUGGCCCUGCGCCACCAAUCCGCCGAGACACAGGACUGGACUGUGGCACUGCUGUCACAGAGCCGGAACCGGCAGCCCCUGGUGCUGGGCGACAACUGCUUCGCCGACCUGGUGGAGAACUGGAUGGACCUGCCUGAGGUGGGCGCCGAACCCCGGCGCCGAACCCCUGCUGAGCCUUCCCGCCGGCUGGCCAAGCCCCCUGCCUUCCUUCUCAGCCUCUCGGGCAACGUACGCCGUAAGUUGGCCAACAUGGCCCGGCCCCGGGGGGCCGAGAGUGCCCGGCCGGGGGGCCGCGAAGCCACCAAGCGUUUCUCCUGCCCGCUGGGGCUAGGGGGGCAGCCCAAGGGCGCCUGCUUCCACCAGUCCCACAGCAACAUCGCCCAGCUGGCCACGGACUUCCACCGCUUCACCGCCCUCAUGAACAGCCGCAGCCGCCAGCCCAUCAUCUGCAACGAUGUUAUCGGCUACAUUUAG